CCACACCCCCUUCGCGCCUCGAUCCCAGGCAGCCAUUUCUUCACUCUGAAAACAGAGAGGCUCUAGAGAGAGAAAGAAGAGAGAGAGAGAGAGAGGAGGGAAAAAAAAUGGUGGAAACAAACCCAAAUCCUGCAGGUGAUGCUACAGGAGUUCACCCCCCUCCAGCGUCGACGGUGGUUCCAAUUCACCAGCAGAUAAUGGCGUCAGCAUCAGCGAGAGGAUCUGUUCACCCUCCAACUGAGCAGCUUCAUCAGCUUCAGUUCUGCAUCCACUCUAAUCCUAGAUGGCCUGAAGCUUUUAUGCUUGCAUUCCAACACUACAUUGUGAUGCUGGGUACAAUCGUAAUGAUAUCUUCUGUUCUAGUUCCUCAGAUGGGUGGCAGCCAUGGAGAUAAAGCACGCGUGAUUCAGACAUUUCUCUUUAUGAGUGGGGUUAAUACACUUCUUCAAACAUUUAUUGGAACUCGGCUUCCAACAGUGAUGAAUCCUUCCUUUGCGUUUGUCAUCCCAGUGAUGACUGUAAUCAAAGAUUUUUCUUCGAGGCCCUUCAUCAAUGAACAUGAGAGAUUUGUCCAUACUAUGAGAGCCAUACAAGGAGCACUAAUUGUUGCAUCAUUUGUUAAUAUAGUUAUCGGGUAUAGCAAGGCAUGGGGAAAUAUUUCAAGGUUCUUCAGCCCUGUAGUUAUUGUACCAGCGGUUUGUGUAGUGGGUGUAGGACUAUUUGAGCGAGGCUUCCCUCAGCUGGCAAAAUGUGUGGAGAUUGGACUGCCCAUGCUAAUUCUGUUGGUUGUCCUGCAGCAGUACAUGAAGCAUGUAAACGAGAAAGCAUAUUUUGUGAUCGAGAGGUUUGCUUUACUAGCUUGCAUAAUGAUUGUCUGGGCUUUUGCUGCUCUUCUCACUGUCAGUGGGGCUUAUAACAAUGCUGCUCUUCUAACUAAGGUGCAUUGCCGCACUGAUCGUUCCUUUCUUAUGUCAUCUGCUCCAUGGAUUAAGAUACCCUACCCGUUUCAGUGGGGUCCUCCAAUUUUUGGUGCAAGUCAUGUAUUUGGGAUGAUGGGUGCAGCUCUUGUUUCAAUUUUUGAGUCGACAGGCGCAUAUUAUGCUGGUGCUCGACUAGCAGGAGCUACGCCACCUCCAGCUCAUGUGCUUAGUCGAAGCAUUGGUCUUCAGGGUGUUGGAAUGCUGCUUGAGGGAAUAUUUGGCGCUGCAGCUGGUUCAACGGCAUCAGUUGAAAAUGUUGGACUCCUUGGAUUGACACGGAUAGGAAGCCGGAGAGUGGUGCAGAUAUCAACUGGUUUUAUGAUAUUCUUCUCCAUCUUUGGAAAAUUUGGGGCAUUUUUUGCAUCAAUACCGUUGCCUAUAUUUGCUGCUAUGUAUUGCGUUCUGUUUGGCCUUGUCGCUGCUACUGGAAUAUCAUUCAUUCAAUUUGCGAACAACAACUCUAUGAGAAACCUCUACAUAAUAGGUCUCUCCCUUUUCCUUGGGAUAUCAGUUCCACAAUAUUUCAAUGAAUUCACCAGGUCUGCUGGCCAUGGACCUGUGAAAACAAAUGCCGGUUGGUUUGAUGACAUAUUGAACACAAUGUUUUCAUCUGCUGUACUUGUGGCGAUGGUCGUUGCUACUGUUCUUGACAACACGCUGGAGGCCAUGAACACGGCCUCAGACAGAGGUCUUCCAUGGUGGGUCCCUUUCCAAAACAGAAAGGGUGAUGUUCGAAAUGAAGAGUUCUACAGUUUCCCGAUAAGGAUACAUGACUUCCUUCCGACAAGAUAUCUUUGAAAAUACAUGUAAAAAUUUUGCGCUUCUUUAAGUUCGAAAGCUAAUGAUACGAGGUGUUUUUAGGUGGUUUAUGAGAAUUUUGUGUAGCUUGUGUUGUAACUAGGAGGUUUUGUUUGUGUGAUGCUAGUCAGUGUGUUGUUUGUUGUCAAGUCGUUACACUCUUUAUUUUCUCUGGGUUGUAAUUUGUACAGAGAUAUUACAUUUUUUACUUGGUAGCUUAAAUGGAUUGAACCCUGAUUGUUUCUGGUUUCUUAUAUGUAUACAAGACUUUGUUAUUAUUCUA